CCUGUGGCCACACAGCAUCUUGGUCCAGGGGACAUCCAGCGGACACUCGUACGAUAGCGCAUACUGACCCUUUGAUUCAACCGGCCCCAACACAUACAUUCCGAAGGUUCAGAUUAUUUUGUAUCGCGGUUUUUCAUGUAGAAAUGUUGAGUUUUGUGAGUGAAGGUGAUGACUUGGUGAAGAUGAUUUAGUGAACCAUUCGACGAAAAUGGACUAGCAGUUAAUCCGCGAUUGAAAGGACUAUUCAAAAAUUUCCAAAAUGAGAAUCAAAAUGCCUGCUGUUCGGAUCGCACAAGCAGACGCAGACGGAGUAGAAGGCGACCCCCACCAGGACAUCCUCACCUGCGGCGUCUGCCAGAAACCCUUCGCCCUCUCCGACAUAGUCCGCUUCAUCCAGCACAAGGUCUCCUCCUGCAACAAGGAGAACUUCGGUCAGUGCUACCCCAAAGAUCGAGAGCGCGAGAACGACGAUGGAAACCUGCCUUUGGCCAGCAUCAACAGCAGGAGGCCCAGCAUAUCCGCUCCCAUCAAGAAGAGCAGGGUGCACACCCCUCCACCGGCCUCGCCUAGGUUGCCUGCCCCCGGGGACCUGUGCGUGGAUGGGGCUGCUUCCUCCACGCCGAAGAGGCGAGCCUCCUCGCCGCUGACGAGCUCGAGCCCCGAGGAGGACAUCAAGCCGCUGAUCAAGCAGGAGAAGAUGGACAAUACGACCUCGUCGGAGGAGAACAGCUGCAAACGGUCCAGGACCGAGGUGGCUGAUGCUGAGUCGAAUACGACGCACAGUGAACCCAGCAAUUACGUAUGUAGUACCUGCAAAGCCCGUCUACAUUCAGCAUGGCGGCUUGUUCAGCAUGUACAACACGCGCACGGUAUAAAAAUCUACGUAGAGAGCUCCCCAUCCAGCUCGAAGCACGGACACAGCAAUAACCACAGCGCCAGCAGUACCAGCAGCAGUUCCUCCGCAUGUUCUUCAGGGGUACCACCUCCACCGCCGAACAUGAGACACCAUCUCUUACCCCCACCUGACCUUCACAAUCCGUUCGGUGUGGGUGGCCUCCUGAGGUUACCUUUACCACCCCUGAACCACGGCCCAGUUCCUCCAGCACCAUUGUUCUCGAGACCAGAACAUCACUACAGGAUAGACCAGCUAGUGAGCGAACAGUUCCGCCACCACGGACUCAAUCUUGCAGCCGCAGCUGCUGCCGUCGCAGCCGGAAAUGUACCACCUCCACCACCACCCCAUCCUAGUUUUCCGUCCCCCGCAGAGCGAGCGAAUCCCGUGAGCAAUUUGCCACAUAGGGAUAGGAGCACCCCAAACCAACCUUUAUCUUUGGAACCACAGCUGGAUUUUUACUCGCAGCGGUUGAGGCAAUUGGCAGGCACCAACAGCCCGGGAGCGGCACAGGCAGGUUCGCCGUCACCCCGCAAGCACUCACCGCCCUUUACGAGCCCUUCUCCCUCCCAGCUGCCACCAACUUCUAUCCCCAAUAAUAUCAGCUCAAGUAGUAGUAGUAACUGUAACAACAAUAACAACAAUAACAGCAGUAACAGUGGGGGUUCAAGUAGACCUCCUAGUACGUCACCACCUAAUAAUAACAACAAAAUCGAAGAACCGAUUGUCAACACCCCAAGGUCGGCUUCCACUCCACCUGGUAAACCUGGGUCGCCAAGGAAUUCAACUUCUGCGGACGCCAUUCAUAACUGUGAUUACUGCGGUAAGAAGUUCCGUUAUCAGAAUAACCUCGAGGUGCACCGCAGGACCCACACAGGUGAACUACCUUAUAAAUGUACUGUCUGUGAUCACGCCUGUGCACAAAGCUCGAAGCUGAAACGUCAUAUGAAAUUGCACAGAACUCCUGAGGACAGGACUAGUAAUGCUGGCUCCUUAGAGACUCUUGACGGUGACGAAAGUGAAGAAGAGGAUGAAUUGGAAGACGACGAUGAGGAUGACGAUGAAAUUGAUGAGGAAGAAGCAGAAGAUUUGAGUGUACCGAGUCAGAUUCCAAAAAACGAACUUAAUCCAUCAGCUUCACUAGUUGGUGAACUGAUGGAUAAAUUUGGCCUGAGCAAUAUAGCGCAAUAUAGUGAAGCCUAUAAGCAAGCGUUGCAAGAAUCUAAUACAGCUCUGAAGCUACAGUUUGCUAAUAAGGAUCGCGACAAUAACAACACAAGUUUGUCAACACAAUUGAAAAUAAGGGACGAAUUCUCCAAAGGAUUAUUACCGUUGCAUCCCCCCCAACCUUUACCAUUGUUUCCCCCUUUCAAUGACUCAUAUGAUGCCUCGAAGAGAAUGAAAAUGGAAAUGGAGAGGAACGACUGGUGGUUGUCUGGGAUGCCUCGUGAACAUAAAGGAGGAAUACCUGGACCAAGUGUGAUGUUGCCGAAUCCCAUGAUGAAGAAAGAGUCACGGCGAAACGACACCUGCGAGUACUGCGGAAAAGUGUUCAAAAACUGUUCAAAUUUGACAGUUCACAGGAGAUCCCACACUGGAGAAAAACCGUACAAAUGUGAGUUAUGUUCAUACGCUUGUGCACAAAGUUCUAAGCUGACUCGACAUAUGAAAACUCACGGUAGGUUAGGGAAGGAUGUGUACAGAUGCAGAUUCUGUGAAAUGCCUUUCUCAGUUCCUUCGACUUUAGAAAAACACAUGAGAAAGUGUGUAGUGAGCCAAGGUAAAGGGCAUUUGCUGAGUACUAUGCCCAUGCUGUCAGGGGAUGAAGAUUCUUCGACGAGUAUGACUUCCAAAGAGGCAGUAUGACUCUUUCCUUGGGGAGGUAUGCGACUACCCCCUCCUCCGAGUUUAACGUACUAGUCCUGAUGAACUGAAUAGAUGAAUUUUGUUAUCGUGAAGGGUGAAUCUUGCCUUUGUUAUUGACAGCUGCAAUGGAGUAGUGAUUCGAGAUAUUUGUGAAGACAUUUACUAAGUUGUAAGGGAUGGGUCAUGCAAUCUUCAGAGUUAUGUUGAGUGUCAGAAGCUGAUUGAGAACUUGUUGAAUACUUUUUCGAUUUGUUGAAAGUGGAAUGAGGAGUAUUUUUUACGUUUUCAUGCCCCAUCCUGUGUUGAUGUAUUGAUUUUCCCUAUGAAAUAUUUAGUAUUCCAGUACCAUUUCGUGCUAUUGAAAAUAAGGAUGGUAAUACGAUUACGUUAUUCUUCGUAACUGAUACCAAAGCAAUGUUUAACUUUUUUCUUGAUUAUUAUGGAUUAUUGAGUUUAUUGAUUACUUGUAAAUUUUGUAAUUAAAUUUAUCUGUUGAGACUGAGGGUUGCAAGAUUCGGAUUUUUGAUAUAGUAAGAAAAAAUUAUCACGAAUUUUCAGCCCGCUGUACAUUCCCUAUCAUAUCAUUUGGUGGCCAGUAAGGCGAACUGUACAUAAUACCAUUAUUAUUAUUUAUUGAUUGUUCAGUUAGGCCCAUUGUACCAAAAAAUUGUUCAAUAUAAUAUAUUUCUAAAAUAAGUUGUCUUGAUGCCGCUUAAUAUAAUGAAAUUUAUGUUUUUUGUCUUUCCCUUCCUGCAAAUAUCUAUAUUAUUGAUGUACAGGAAAGUCUAGGAAUACAUUUUCACAGAACCUUUGAUGACAAGAAAGUUGAAUAAAUUAUUAUUGAUUAUUCGGAUAAUGUGUUCUCGGUUCUGGAAUCGAGAAAGUUGUGAAUUACUGUACAUAAUGAAAUCAUAUUGUUCAAAUGUUCAAGUCAAAAUGCUUAUUGAGUUAGUUUAUAUCUAUAGGUCACCUCAAGAAUGUUCCGAAAGUCUCAGACUUUCCUGUAUCAGUAUGAAAUGAUAUUCGUGAAAUUUCAACUACAAUAAUAAGUAUAGUAUAUUAAUUUGAUAUAAUUUGAAAUUUUUCUCCUCUACGUUGACAUGACAAAUAUCAUUCCAUAUUUUAUAUGAUAUCGAUUUAGAUAUUUGUGUUUUGGGAAAAAAAUCAACUCCAAUGUACAAAAUCAUUUCUUACCUUACAUGUGCUAGAUUCUUAAUGAAACCUUGACGCAAACAGGGUUUUCUACAAAAAACUUCAGGGUCAUAUGAAUGGAAUGAAAAACGAUGUUUCCUAUCUGCUGUUCCAUAAUAAAUCAAUUUUGCAUACACAAUGUUUAGUCAGGAAGUGGACCAGGGUCUUCAAUAGAAAUUAAACUUGUCAGUGACAGGAUGGCAACAAAUUUAAUGUAACUGUAAUUAUUAUGAAUGUUGAUGAUAAUAUGUUAUUUCGAAUAUUUUUAUUUAUUUGAGAAUAUGGCUGUAGCACUUUACGGUGUUCGUAUGGGCUACACUGUACUUAAUAUGAAUGUGUUCCUAUACCGACAUCACAUUAUAGUGUGUGUUUAAAUUAAAUCUAUUACAAUCGAAA